UGCAGUACGUUGCUACAUGGCCGCCAUCUCAGACGUCGCCAUAACACACCAUUGCACCACGGGCAGCUAGCCACCGGCACACUCACCAACCAAACCCUCGGCGAGAGCGCACCUCCGACACCAUGGAUAUGGCGAUGGGCUCCAUGAGCAUGGGCGGAAUGCCCGCGCUCAUUGAAUUCCCGAAAUUUUACUGGGCAGUAGUUGGAACUGCAAUCGGAGUCGCGACCCUCGUGAACAUUUACAACCAUGUCUUGUACAGGCAGAGGAUGUCUGCUGCAAGAGCAGGAUCGCCAAAGCCGGCAAAACCAACGUCGUGGUUCUUUAUAUGGAAUGCGACGGUGUUUGCAAUUAUGCGAGAAGCAUCCAAUUAUUCCCCACGGAUACCCAUCAAAGACAGAAUCUUUCGAGUGCCUACUGUCGGCCGCACGAGCUUGAUAUUGGCCAACCUAGUUACCAUAAUCGUAUUAUGUUUCUAUGGCUUUGACCUGAGCGACAGGUGGUCAAGAGAAGACAUCGGAUACCGCGUCGGAUUCGUUGCCAUCGCCCAGUUUCCCCUCAUCUUCUUGCUCGCCGGAAAGAACAACAUCAUCGGACUUCUUACCGGCAUCAGCCACGAACGUCUCAACUGGCUCCACCGAUGGUGCGCCAGAUGCCUGCUGUUUACCGUAACAAUACACAUGGGGUACUUCUUUGCGGAUUGGGCACCUUACAACUACAUUGGAACCCAGCUGAAGGUAAACACACUCGCCUGGAAGGGCCUGGCUGCAUGGGCGAUACUCGUCUGGAUCGUCUUCAGCUCCAUGACGCCGAUCCGAGGCUGGUGCUACGAAUUCUUCGUUCUGCAACAUCUGGUCUCUUUCGCGGCCCUGACCGGUUUCGUUUAUAUCCACACCCCAGCCGAGGUUCAUGUCUAUGUUUGGAUACCUGUCGGACUCUUUUGGUUUGAUCGCGUCGUACGAGUUUUGAGAAUGCUGUACGCCAAUGUCUCCUUCUUUCAUCCCAAACAGAGUAAGGAUGGCCAGAUGUCCGGCUUCUGGACAUGCAAAGCCAAAUUUACGCCUUUGCCACAUAAUACGACCCGAGUCGUAAUCCAGAAUCCCCCGAUCAGUUGGACACCCGGACAACACGUGUUCCUGUCGUGCCAUUCGAUCGUUCCUCUGCAGAGCCACCCAUUUACCAUUGCUUCGAUCCCAGAAGACGGGAAGAUGGAAUUCUUGGUCAAGGCUGAAACAGGUGGGACCAGACGCUUCUUCAAACACGCCAAGAAAACACACGGCCUCCCCACAACACCAGGGAGAGCAUGCACUAAAGCAGUGGCAAUCGAAGGCCCGUAUGGAUGUUUGAGACCUCUGCGCCAGUUCGAUAGCGUUGUUUUACUCGCGGGUAGCACCGGCGCUACUUUUACCGUUCCGUUGCUUCGGGACAUUCUGCAAGGCUGGAAGGAAAACAGGAAUCCAGGACGAAACACGUCUUCGCUCUUCAGACCGCACAUUGGCGCGGUCACCCGUCACGUGCGUUUCGCAUGGGUUGUCAAGAGCCGGGGGCAGCUGGGUUGGUUCUCUGAGCAACUCUCCUCCGUUUUUUCGGACUUCGAGACUCUGCAAGAGAAGCUGAAAGAUGUCAAGCUCGAGCUUACUGUUUACGUUACCUGCGACGAGGCGUUCACUGACGAACAUAAGACACUCCUUUCAAGCAUCACAGCUCCAAACCUCGACACCGAGCCGAAGAAACCCCAGGAAAUGCAGCACGGGGCGAUCGAACUUCGCAGCCGGCCUCAAUCCCUAGAAGAGAAGACCAAGGUGGAAGAGACACGAGAAGAAGUUACAGAGGUGGGAUCGGGCUCUCCGUCGCCGAGCACAAUCGCAGGAGCAUGCGGUCCAGAUGGAACUUGCUGUUGUAAGAAUACUGUUGACGAGACGUCACCCGAUGCCAUCUCUCCGUGUUGCUGCAGCAAGCCCAAUAGAGCGUCAAACCCGUCAACCCGACCUAUCUCUGGCAUAUCAUCAACACCAUCUAGUACCCAGCCAAAGACCCUCAUCCAUCCCUCUAUAUCGGUCUUCUCUGGCCGGCCGAUCCCGAAAGACAUCAUCCGGAAGUCGCUGGAGCAAGCCUUGGGCGAAUCGGCGGUCGUAGUGUGCGGGCCGCAGGGUCUAGUAGCAGACGUGAAGCAAGAUGUCUGCUCACUAAGCGAUGAGCGCGCGGUGCACAAGGGCACCGGAGCACAGGGCAUAUAUCUCCACACGGAGAGUUUUGGGUAUUGAGCUCGCGGGCUCGGAUUGGAUUCUAGUUUAUCCAACAUUCUGGGCCAGUGUAUUUCCAUCAAUCGUGCUCAUGAGGCGUGCAGGAGUACGUAACUGGCAGUGGGCGUUUCCUUUCGCCAAGGACCUGAGCGUUCCGGCCUUUUCACUUGCGUC